CAAGGAAACCGGAGAGCGUGCCAACCUACCUAGUCUGUUACGCCCAACCAGGAAGUCACAGUGCUCCUGUCUAAUUUUCACGGCUCCCUCCGGGAUCGAUUCUUCGGAUACAGUGGGAUACACCCAGUGACAGGCUCUGAAUGUGUCUGGGAUGUUCUUUUACGACAACGCAGGUUAAGCUCAAACAGCCAUGAAUAACCAGGACGUUGUGGCGAUGCUGGAGGAGUGCUGGCAGGCUGUGGCAGCUGGCCCCCUGGAACCCACCGAUGAGGCAAAGGAGGGGUUCCGAAGAUGUAAAGCGUCCCUCUCCGCCGAGCUGAGCUCGCUGCUCCAGGACGCGGCGGCCAUGAGGUGGCCCUUCGUGCCGGAGAAGUGGCAGUACAAGCAGGCCGUCGCUUCCGAGGACAAGGCCACCCUCAAGGAGCUCGUCGGCGGGCAUCUGCCCCAGCUUCUGACCUUCAUGAGGGCGUCCAUUUUAGCCCGGGAGCCGGUGUGGGCGGCCUCGGUGGUGUUCCUGGUGGACCGUUUCCUGUACUGGGCGGACACCUCCAGAAGCCUGCUGAAGAUCGCCGAGGUCCUGCACAGGCGCUACCCGGCCACGCCCAUCGCCCCCCAGCUGGUCAUCAGGCAAGCCCGUCUCGCCCUCAACUCUGGUAAACUUCAGAAGGCAGAGUACAUUCUGAGCAGCCUGAUCAACAACAGUGGAGCAACAGGUUGCUGGGUGUACCAUGCUGACAGUGACAGAGUUCUCGUACAGGCUGUCAGUGUUCAGAUACGAGGGCAAGUGCUGCAGAAACUGGGGAUGUGGGUCGAGGCUGCAGAGCUCAUCUGGGCAUCUCUGAUUGGCUUGCAUGCACUCCCUGAACCAGACAGAAAGGGGAUCGGGGCGUCUCUGGGGCUGCUGGCGAACAUUCUGGUGUCGAUGAGCGACGCAGAUUUCCAGGCGUUCGUCGCAGGUAAACAGGUGGACCAGCGCUUACUGAAAGAGAGAGGUCAUCGCUUACUGGCAGCAGCCGAAGCUGCCAAAAUGGCCGUGGUGUACAGCCAGUAUGAUUCCCUCUACGUGCUGACUGGUGCGGUGACCCAGGGGACUUGUCUGUUGGCCUACAGCUUCUUGCCAGGGUGUGGCGCCGCUGAGAGGGAGGCCGUCCUCACCGAAGCCAAGGAGGCCUUCGAGAUCGGCCUGCUGACCAAGCGGGAGGGUGAGGUGGUCACCAGCAAGCAGGAGCUGCACACGCUGAUCAAGGCGGCCUACUCUCUCACCGUCACCCACAGGUGGUUGGGCUCUGCUCGGGGGCAGGUCCGCCAGGCCAGCCAGGAGUGCCAGAAGGCCGUGGAGAAACUGCACGCCUACAGCGCCGCGGGCGGCGGGGAGCGGGACGCGCUGGGGACCCAGGUCAUGGGCCUGGUGGGGCGGGUGAAGGCGGUGCUGGGCGUCGAGCCCUUCGCCAAAUCCGACGAGCGGUCCUUCGUCCCGGACGGCUACCGCUCCGCGGAGGAGACCCCCGUCAGGUUCUCGACGGACCGCUUCGCAGAGGCGAUGGGCAGGUUUCGGAAGCACCACGCCUCGGUGUGCCAGGCUCGGAGGACGUCCUGCAAGGCGGCGGCGUCGUCCAGGAGAGGAGUCCCGGGCUGCUCUGGCCCCUGCGUCACCGCCAUGAAGACCACCACCGCGGAAACUCUGGACACGGACGGCGCCACGGAAGACCUCCGACAUUUCGCGAAUGAGAACGGGCCUCCGGGGAGAAGGUCGGACAGACGGACGGACGGGGGACACGUGGACCAGCAGUGUUCCACUGAGCUCAGCGAUGGAGAGGAGAUCAGUGGUGCCGCCGGCAGUGAGGAGGGUGGAUUUAAAGGAAUGGGCAAAACGAGGUCUACCCCCCGCUCUCACGGAGACGGAGCCGCUCCCUUCGCUGAUGCCAGGACGAGAAGCAAGGACAGGGGCGGCGUGACUCGCGCCGGUCGGAAAGCGGAGAAGAAGUGGGUGGAUCAGAAGUGUCUCACAGAGGUCAGUGACGAGGAUGAUCGAAACGCCUCUGCUGAGGGCCCUGGACCUUCGGCAGGACGUGAAGGAGAAGGUGCGAGCGGGCACAGAGAGAGACCUCGCACCUCCUCCGGAGGCAGUUCGGCCUUGCCCUCUUCCUGGGAGGCCAUUUCCUCCUCGCCUGACACAGGAAGUAAGAAGGCUAGAGCCACCACUCGACGGCCAGUGACAGAGUGGGCGGAAGUAGGGAUGGAUCUGCAGGGUGAUACCAAGGACAGCGAUGAAGAGGACAUGAAGGCAGCAACAGGCAGUAAAGGUUGUAGAUCUAGUGGGGUAGGCAAUGCAAUGACUUCCCCCAGGUCUCUGAGAAAUGGUCCACCUUCUUUACUUGAUUCCAGAGGGAUACGCAAGGGUAAAGGUAUCGUGACGCAUGCCAAACAGAGAGUGGAGACGUGGGUGGACCAGCAGUGUGCCACAGAGUUCAGUGAUGAGGAGGUGGAUGGAGGAACCAACAAUGCAGGGGGUGGGUUUAAAGGGAUAGGCAAUGCGGGGACUGCCUCCAGCUUUCUUGGUGACAGUCUGGGUUCCAAUUCCUCAUGGCAGAAGCUCUCUCUUUCUGACACUGGGUCUCCAGUCAGCGGUGGAAAGCCUACCAGGAGACCUUCUGCCAGCCACACAGAAGAGGGGUGGGUGAACCUGGACUGCCCUGAAGAGGUCAAGGACCAGGAGGAGCUUGGUCAGGCAGGGCGUGGUUUUGAAGCAACGAGGAGAGCGGGGACAUCCAUCAGCUCUCUCGGUGACAGUCUGGGUUCAAGUGCUUCUUGGCAGAAGCUCGGUUUCUCUGAUGCAGGGUCGCUGUCUAGCAAUGGUAGAGGCGGUUCUGGCCCCACUGCUAAACAGAGAGCGGAUGUGUGGGUGGACCCCCAGUGUCCAACGCUGGGCAGCGAUGAGGAGGACCAGGGGGACAUGGGAUCCUUGCCCCCCGUGCGCACGCUGAAACCAGACUACCCAGUCAACGGGCUCCAACCUCACCCAUCGAGGCCCCCCUCAUCCGCGCCAAACCCGGUCCCAGGAUGUAAAAACAGGGUUGGGUCGGAGGAGGACCAGUCGUUUCUGCUUGUUGAGCUCCCUGGCGGUGGGCAUGGUGGGACACCCAGGACUAGCGCCCCGACGGGAGUGCCUGCAGGUGACGUGGCCCUCAGGUGUGGCUCACGCAUGUGGGAUGUAGACCCCGCCGCAGAGACCGAGGAUUACGUGCUGGGGGACCUCAGCAUGUCCGCCGACUCUGUAGACCUUGAGGCUUCUGCUGCAGGGCUUGGUGGCCCAGGACAUUUUGCAGAACCGAAGACUUUCGGGACCGUGGGAAAUGCGGAAGGACGUGACGAGCGGGACCUUGGGAAGCUCUGUCUGGAUGACUACCGGCAGCCCUCUGACAAUAAUCAGUCACAUGAUCGGUGUGUUGGGACGUGCAUGCUGUGCAGCGAAGUCCCUGAGUGUUCCCCCACCCUGACGGAGAAGGAUUACAAAGCUCUUCUGUCCGGUGUGUGUCACAAAUGUCUGCUAAGCAGACUGGACAUCAAAAAGACUUUUAGACUGAGGAAACACAGGACUGCCUACAGUGCCCUUCUUCUGAAAUACUCCAAGGUGUCUGAUCGCUGGACGUCCCGAGAGACUAAGGUGUACAUUGGAGACCCCUUGGGGAAACAGGGCUGCCAAAGAACGGCGUUUUGGGUGCAGAUCCUGCACCAGGAAGAGGUUCUGGGCAGUUAUGUCGGGAAGACGUACCGAUAUGAAAAAGAGAUCCACUACCACCUGAAUGACGUGGAGAGACAGGUGACGGCACAGUACUACGUGACAGAGUUCAACAAGAGGCUGUACGAGAAGAGCAUCCCUGCUCAGAUCUUCUUUAUUCCAUCUGAAGUGCUGCUGAUUCUAGAAGACGAUGUCAUCGCAGACUGUGUGACGGUGGAGCCCUACAUGCUGGGGGACUUUGUGAAGCUGACCAAUAACACCGUCUACACCAACCGAGAGUACGAAGCCACAGACUACGGCGUUGCGUUCGGCCACUUCACCUAUCAGCUCUCCCGUGGCACAGAGGUGGUUGUGGACUUGCAAGGGUGGGUGACGGACAGCGGGAAGGGGCUGACGUACCUCACCGACCCCCAGAUCCACUCGGUCCGGGAGGGAGGAGCCCGGUCGCGCCGUGGGGAGCGGGGCAUCAGGCAGUUCCUGGAGAGCCAGCACGGCCCGCGGUGCAACGACAUCUGCGAGGCCCUUUCCCUGGGGGCGCUCUAGUGACCCCCCCAUUUUCAGGCUCGUUCCUGCAUCGCAAACACUGGCUCCAACACCAUCGCAAUGUAGUCUUUGUGUUAAUGAAGACUUUGUGGGCGAACGCUACUCUCCAGUGCAGUCUUAACAUUCUAACUGUUAGAUCUGGAACCCCUUCCUCUGGCCCUGGCACGAACAGAUGCAAGGGGCCCUGGGAGAAACCAGUCUCCGCCUAUGGUCAUGAUUCACGAAUCUCAUUGGCUGGGACACUCGUCUCUUGCUGCGCUCGAUUACCAAUCACGUGCGAUGGAACACUCUAAUGUUAGCCCGUGGUCUAGACUUCGUCGCUGGCAUUUGCCAGAGAGAAGCGCAGGAGAGAAGGAGGACAAAUUCUUGAGGCUCAUCUCCAUCACCACAUAGCCAAAGGGCAUCACCCAGCCACACUGGACAGCUGAAACCUAAACCAAGUCUUCAGCAGCCAAUCAGAUAGAUUUAUCACAACUUCAAAACUCAAGCAUAUAAUCAUCAUAGUUUGAGCAUAGUAUAUUCUCAGCCUGUUGUAAAUGAUGUGUAAAUAAAUGUUUCUGUUACAA